GGGGCGGGGCGUGCUGGGGAGUCGGGGUGCGAGCCGCCGGUUUCGAUUAGUACGCGGAGCUGCGGCGGCGGAGCAGGCCGACGCAGCUGCACGGCCGGGAGCCCGGCGGGGAGGCGGCGGGGCGGCGGCGCGCAGGGGCCGGCCGGUGGCCGCGAGAGUCGGGAGAGGCGAGCCGGAGCGCCGGACCACGGCCGCCCUGACCACAGAACCCGGGCACCGCAGCGCCCGCGAGCACCCCAGGACAGAGCGCGGGCGAGAGCGCGCCGGCGGGGGCGCGCAGGCCCUGCCCGCCCCUUCCGUCCCCACCCCCUCCGCCCCUUCCUCUCCCCACCUUCCUCUCGCCUCCCGCGCCCCGGCUCCGAGCGCCCACCCUGUCCUCCUGUGCGGGAGCGCUGUCCGCGUUGGCGGCCGGAGCGAGCCGGGCCGGGCCGGCGGGCCAGGGGAUGGCGCUGCUGGACCUGGCCCUGGAGGGAAUGGCUGUCUUCGGGUUCGCCCUCUUCUUGGUGCUGUGGCUGAUGCAUUUCAUGGCCAUCAUCUACACCCGAUUACACCUCAACAAGAAGGCAACCGACAAACAGCCAUAUAGCAAGCUCCCAGGGGUCUCCCUUCUGAAACCACUGAAAGGAGUAGAUCCUAACUUAAUCAACAACUUGGAAACAUUCUUUGAAUUGGAUUAUCCCAAAUAUGAAGUACUCCUUUGUGUACAAGAUCAUGAUGAUCCAGCUAUUGAUGUAUGUAAGAAGCUUCUUGGAAAAUAUCCAAAUGUUGAUGCUAGAUUGUUUAUAGGUGGCAAAAAGGUUGGCAUUAAUCCUAAAAUUAAUAAUUUAAUGCCAGGAUAUGAAGUUGCGAAGUAUGAUCUUAUAUGGAUUUGUGAUAGUGGAAUAAGAGUAAUUCCAGACACACUUACUGACAUGGUUAAUCAAAUGACAGAAAAAGUAGGCUUGGUUCAUGGGCUGCCUUAUGUAGCAGACAGACAGGGCUUUGCUGCCACAUUAGAACAGGUAUAUUUUGGAACUUCACAUCCGAGGUACUAUAUCUCUGCCAACGUAACUGGUUUCAAAUGUGUAACAGGAAUGUCUUGCCUAAUGAGAAAGGACGUGUUAGAUCAAGCAGGGGGACUUAUAGCUUUUGCUCAAUACAUUGCUGAAGAUUACUUUAUGGCCAAAGCUAUAGCUGACCGAGGUUGGAGGUUUGCAAUGUCCACCCAAGUUGCAAUGCAAAACUCUGGCUCAUAUUCAAUUUCUCAGUUUCAAUCCAGAAUGAUCAGGUGGACCAAAUUGAGAAUUAACAUGCUUCCUGCUACAAUAAUUUGUGAACCAAUUUCAGAAUGCUUUGUUGCCAGUUUAAUUAUUGGAUGGGCAGCCCAUCAUGUAUUCAGAUGGGAUAUUAUGGUAUUUUUCAUGUGUCAUUGCCUGGCAUGGUUUAUAUUUGACUACAUUCAACUCAGGGGUGUCCAGGGUGGCACGCUGUGUUUUUCAAAACUUGAUUAUGCUGUCGCUUGGUUCAUCCGCGAAUCCAUGACAAUAUACAUUUUUUUGUCGGCAUUAUGGGACCCUACCAUAAGCUGGAGAACUGGUCGCUACAGAUUGCGCUGUGGGGGUACAGCAGAGGAAAUCCUAGAUGUAUAACUACAGCUUUGUGACUGUAUAUAAAGGAAAAAAAGAGAAGUAUUAUAAAUUAUGUUUAUAUAAAUGCUUUUAAAAGAUCUACCUUCAGUAGUUUUAUCACAUGUAUGUUUUGGUAUCUGUUCUUUAAUUUAUUUUUGCAUGGCACUUGUGUCUGUGAAAAAAAAAAACAACACAUCUGUAGUCUUGGCCAAAUGAUACACUUUAUUUUGUGGAAGUAGAAAAUCAGGAGAAUUGGUUCUAGGAACCUGGGUUUGUUUUUUGUUGUUUAUUUUUUUAAAAUAAAUGAAUAAAUGCAUAUAUAUAUAUAUAUAUGAAUGCUCUGCAACAAACACUAUGACAGUAUCCUUCAGUAGAGAAAGUUUCUCAUUUGUGAGUACACUCUUUUAGAAUAUUUGUGGGUGAAAUGGGAGCAAGCUUUGGGGGUUUAGAAAAGACCAGAAGGUAAUAACUAUUCAUGUCCAAUGUGAAUGGUAUUAAUGCAGUGAGUAGCCCACAGCGAGGUACUAAGAAACUUUUUCAUGCUUUAUGCCUACCUCUUCCAGUUGUUGCAGAGCAAAUAUAAAUUGUAAUAAGGUAGCUAGGCCUUACAGAAACAAACGGAAAAACUUUUAAAAACUAAUAAUAAUAAAAGAGCUGGAGUAUUUAUAUGAAUCUGUAAGUGAUAUUUUUUGGUCUCAACUGCAAUGAACCAAAAGUUGGCUGAGUUUGGUUUUUAAUUGUAGCCGUGUAUUGAAGGCAUCUUUUUGACCAACUCUUGUUGGUUCUGUCUUGAACCAUUGUUAAUCACUGUGCUGUAAUUAGUAUAGCUAAAUCUUCUCCUUCCCUGCUCCUUACCCGACCCACCCCAUCUUUCCUUAACUUUUUUUCAGGGGUGGGGGUUGGGAGUGGUUUUGUUUUAGUGUGAGUGGAUGUUUUGAUAGUUGUAAGGAAAAAUGCAUUUCAGACACAUUUCACACAUGAGCUAUUUUCUUACACAGUAUGUCUUAUUGUUAAUAAGAAUGUAAUUUCAUGAUACAGGUAUUUAAUAUCUUUUUUUAAGUAAAUGAAUAUUCUAGCCAUCAAUAAAUAAAUUGCAGUAGAGUAUUAAGAGGGGACAGGAUGAGUUUUACUCUUAAAAUUAAUCAGUAUCAAACUAAGUCUACUGUGUGUGUGUUUUUUUUUUUUUACUAUUUUAGUCUAGUCUUAUUUAAAUUGGAUUUUUGUAUUCCAGUUUGUAUGACAAAGUAGACUAGAUGAGCGCUAGUUGUAAAUGCAUGCCGUACUUCACUUUUCUCCCCCCACCAUGCCGCUAAACUUGCUUGUCAGGUUGUACUUAACUUGUGGUGAACUGGACUUGUUUUUGUUUUUAAAAAAUAAGCAAAAAUGUAAGGGACAGUGCAUAAGCCUUUCAGUUUUUUUGUGGUGGAAUUUUGCUUUUUCUUCAGGAUCGGAUGGCAUGUUGUCCUUACCAAGGCCUACUGCAGGGCUAACACUGGCAAUAUGGCAGCUUCAAAUUCUAAGUUACUACAGUUUCCAUGUCAAAGCAUACUGUGUAGCAUAUUAGCAAUAACUACAUAUUUAUAGAAAAUGAACACUUUUUCACUUUACUGAGCCAAUUCAUUCAAUUGUCUAGUGAUUAUAUACACAGUUUAAAUCGCAAUAUAUCUAUUAAUGUGUAUACACAUUAUAGUGAAAGCUUUUCUCUGGGCCAAACUGCUUCUUUCUUUUUUUUUUUUUUUUGCCUUAUGAUGAAUUGUUUGAAGGGCAUUUUUUAUGAACAAAGGCUUGGAUGCAUAUUCCUUUCUUUAUGUGAAAUGGGUAGUAUUGUUCCCUGAGGAAAACUGCACAGUAAAAACCAGUCUAGUUGUGACCCACUGUGUGUUUAUUUUUGUUGAAUUACUAUUCUGUGAGUUGAAUUUUGCUGACCAUGUGCGUAAUCUGUUGGUUUGUUUAAUGAAGUUUGGUUGAUGCCAUCCUUUGCACUGCUGAAGUAAAACCUUGUUUAUUACGUAAGCUUUUUGCUGAUCUCAGUAUGGGCAAUGUAACAACAAAACCAAAAUGGCUGGACAGACUUCUUGUGUUUUGUAAAUAUAAAAAAAUGACUGUUCUGUAUGUGUGUUUAAUGUGGUAGUGGAGUAUUUCCUUAAAGUGAAGCUUCACUUAAGCACACAGAGUGAUUCUUUGUUUAGCAAGUUUGGAGUGAUAAAAUUGUAAAAAUUAAUAUAAAUGUUGAAGAAAGCAUUACAACAGAACUAUAGAAGUCCAAAUUUAAUAAACUGUCUUUUUAAAAAGAAAAGCUCCAAUAAGUGUCUAGAAUAUACCAUGUUUUGUUAUUUAAAAUCAUUGUCUUAAGUUUUUUGUUCGAAAAAUAAAACUUUGAAUACAAUCAAAA